CAGUAUAUACAGUCCCGUGUACAUAUAGUUGUGAAGUGAAAGAGACCGAAUAUUUGAAAUUUGUGACGUAAAGGAAAAAUGCAAGGAUUCCAGAGGAGCUUUGAGCAUUGCUCAGAGGACAGCAAGCCCUUGGUGGUGGACGUGAUGCCACCCCAGUACGAGAGCCCACCGCACAGCCCUCAACAGAACGAGCUCAACAAGUCGUCAUACUGUGGAGGUAACGACAUAUCGACGCCAUCGAUGCCCGCGAUGCCGUCCUCGCAGUCGAUGGACCCGAACAUCCGCAGAUACAGAACCGCCUUCACCAGGGACCAGCUCAACAGACUCGAGAAGGAGUUCCUGCGCGAGAACUACGUCAGCCGGCCGAGGAGAUGCGAACUCGCCGCUGAGCUCAAUCUCCCAGAAUCGACCAUCAAGGUCUGGUUCCAGAACAGGCGCAUGAAGGACAAGCGCCAGCGCUUGGCCCUCGUCUGGCCCUACCCAGCCAUGUACGCCGAUCCAGCCUUCGCCGGAGCUAUCAUAGCCGCGGCCCAGGCCUCGCUGCCGCCAGCGGCCUACCACACCGGCCCGACCGGAAUCCCGGGCGCCCACAUCGCCCAGGGCUACAGCGCCGCGGCCGCCUAUUACGCGGCCCGCUACUCGCCGUACGGCAACCCAGGAGCAGCUUCCCAGGCCGGCGCUCUGCACAGACCUCACCCGCAGCAGGCCAGCUACCCACACCCGCACAUGGUCCACCACGCGCCGAUGCCCCAGCUGCACCUGCCCAGUCUCGGUGUGCCCAGCCUCGCCAGCGGCUACAUGCCCCAGCACACCCAGAUCCAGCCGAUCACCACCAGCAGCUCCAGCAGCGUCACCGUCUCCGCGCCCUCGACCCCGCCGACCAGUGUGCCAGCCCCGGCGGCUUACAGACCGCCGAUGAUGCCGCAGCUCAGCCCGGCCAACUCCGACGCCUCGUCCAGCGACUGCGACUGCGGCAACAACAACAACAACAACAACAACAACAACGUGCACAGCCACUGCGAGAAGACGUCGUCGCCACCAGCCAACGUGUACAAGCUUCCCGUCGGACUCCCGGCCUACGUGCCCCAGCAGACGAACCUCGUCGUGUCCAAGAGCACCAAGCAGGAGCCCAAGCUCUUCCAGCCCUACAAGCUGAGCAACGACAUCAGCGAGAAGGCGUAA